AACGUUAAUUAAAAUGUUAAAUUAAUAAAAAAAAAGUUUACUGUAGCAGGAUUUGUUUUGGUAUCUGCAUGAAAAUACAUGUAAAAAGCUUGUCUCUUUCUUUUUCUUUGUUUUCUUCUCCAUAGAUAAAAAAGAGCUUUUAAAAACCAGACCCAAACAAACCAAACCAAAGGAGAAUACUGCUAUGGGCUGUUUUUCUGAUCCAUGUUCAUCUUCUCCUUCUCGGUUUCUCAGCUUUUCUUGUAAGGAUCACGUCAACACUUUCCGGCUGCUUGCGUCUGCUUCCCGGCAAACCAUUUACUCCUGAGGUUUUAUUACAUCAUCUAUGCAAAAUUUAAAGCUACAUAAAGGAAACAGUAUCUAAUUUUGUGAUAGUGGGUAUUGAAUUGUAGAGAGAAUGAGUCAGUUUUCCUCCAUGUUCAAUGGAUUAGCAAGGUCAUUUUCUAUAAGAAGAGGGAAAAAUCCAGGGAAUGGUGAUGGAAGAGAAGCUGCAGAGGCCAUGGCAAAGGAUGGCAAGAAAAAUGACCUGAUUUUAAGGUCAUCUGGUUUUGUAAACAUUGAUGGUUCCAACAAUUUUGCCUCAGUUUUCUCCAAAAGGGGCAGAAAAGGAGUGAACCAGGAUUGUACUAUUGUAUGGGAGGAAUUUGGAUGUCAAGCAGACAUGCUGUUUUGCGGCAUCUUCGAUGGUCACGGACCGUGGGGUCAUUUUGUUGCGAAAAAGGUCCGAGAAUCGAUGCCGUCGUCCUUGCUUUGUAAUUGGCAAGAGACUCUAGCUCAGGCAUCGCUCGACCCGGAUUUCGAUUUAGAAUCAGAUAAAAAGCAUCACAGGUUUCAUAUAUGGAAGCAUUCUUAUCUGCAGACUUGCGCCAUUGUCGAUCGUGAGCUUGAGCAUUGUAGGAAGAUCGAUUCCCUUUAUAGCGGAACGACUGCCUUGACAAUUGUUAGACAGGGUGACCUCAUAUAUGUAGCCAACAUUGGUGACUCUCGGGCUGUUUUGGCUACAACUUCAGAUGAUGGAAAUUUGGUUCCCAUUCAGCUCACUGUCGAUUUCAAGCCGAAUUUACCUCCAGAGGAGGCUGAGCGGAUAACUCAAUGCAAAGGUCGGGUAUUCUGUUUGCAUGAUGAGCCAGGGGUUCACAGGGUUUGGCUGCCCGAUGAGGAGUCGCCAGGACUAGCUAUGUCUCGAGCUUUCGGAGAUUACUGCAUUAAGGAUUAUGGACUUAUUUCCGUCCCCGAAGUCACGCAAAGACAUAUAACCAGUAGAGACCAGUUUGUUGUUCUCGCAACCGAUGGCGUAUGGGAUGUUAUUUCGAACGAAGAAGCGAUUCGGAUAGUAUCUUCGACACCGGACAAGGCAAAAGCCGCAAAGCAUCUGGUCGAGAGUGCAGCCCGGGCAUGGAAAAAGAAGAGGAAAGGCAUUGCAAUGGAUGAUAUUUCCGCCAUUUGCCUAUUCUUCCAUUCAAUUCCAUUAUCUAUAACGUGAAAGGUUAUGUAAAUGUACAUGGUAAUUGAUGUUGAAGUUUAUGGCCACAUGGUUACGUACAAUAA